CUUAGAACACACAGGGGAAUCUGACAACACACUGCUCUCUGAUCAGGGCUCACACUGGAAUGGUCACUGGAUAUAAGAACCCUGACACACAGGACAAUGUGGGGCAGCAAGGAAAACUAGAGGGAUUGCAUGGCUGUAACAGGCACACAGAGUUAAAGGAUGAUAACUGCUCGUAGAUAAGAGCCCUUUAAAGCUGAGUGAUUGUCAAGAAAGACAAGAAUAAAAAAAACCAAAAAAACUACAAUGACAACAGCUGGACUAACUGCGCAAGACGUUCAAGUCCCAUUAAAAAAUGGAUUCCUACAUCACGGCCAAAGUAUAAUAAAUUCUAAAUCGUGCUGGACAAAUCAUGAUGAUUACGAAAGUGCUUAUUAUGAUAUGGAGCCAAUUUCUUUGACAUACAGUUUGAAAUCACCUACGCAGCAUCAAAUUUCAUCAAUUGGCCAUAUUUCAAGGCCGAUCAUAAUGAACGGACACUGCUGUUCAGAAAAUUGCAUGAAGGUUCCUUGGAAGAAAUCAAACUUCCUUCAUCUUGGCAUACCUAUCGUAGAACAUUCAUCUACACACUAUGAAGAAGACCAAGUUGUUUCUUCUUUUAAAAAACUAUCAAUGAACAGUGGCUCUGGUUCUGAGAAAACACCCCCUCUCACGCCUGUUAAAAACGGACCACCACAGUUUUACCCCAGUCCGAACAGUGAUCGCAGUUCAAGGCCGUUGCCUCCUCUUCCGAUUUCAGAAGAUCAUUUACUAGACGAUGCAGAUAGUGAAGUUGAAUUCAUAACAAGUUCGGACACAGACUUGCUCCUUCAAGAUCCCCGAACUUCACCAUUUAAAUAUGGGGCUCCAAGCAGACGAAGCUUUAGGGGAUGUGGGCAGAUCAACUACGCAUAUUUUGAAUCAACAUCUGCAAAAAAAACAGCAGAUGAAACCCCAACAUGUAACCAAAAUGGACGUGUACAAAGCUCAAAGCCUCAGAAACCAGAGCAACCUCAUAGGAGACUAAGGCGAUCGCAUUCAGGACCAGCUGGAUCAUACAAUAAAGCUACAAUUCGUAUAGCAAACUAUGCAAAUAGGACUUCCCCAAAUUCUGAUGAAGACAAACCUGAAGUCCCACCAAGGAUUCCCAUACCCCCUAGGUCAUUAAAGCCAGAUUAUAGAAGGUGGUCAGCAGAAGUUUCUUCUAACACCUACAGUGAUGAAGACAGACCUCCAAAAGUCCCACCAAGGGAACCUCUGUCAGGAAGUAACUCCCGUACACCUAGCCCGAAGAGUCUACCGUCAUACCUCAAUGGGGUAAUGCCCCCUACUCAGAGCUUUGCUCCUGAUCCAAAAUAUGUCAGUAGUAAAGCUUUUCAAAGACAACAUAGUGAAGGGUCAUCAAACAAGGUCCCUUGUAUAUUACCUAUUAUGGAGCAUGGGAAGAAAGCCAGUUCAACACAUUAUUAUCUUCUUCCGGAGAGGCCCCCAUACCUUGACAGAUAUGAAAAAUAUCUCACUGAAGCAAAAGACUCUGAGACUAAAGUACAGUCAUGGUCUAGUGACGGCAGCAUUUCCCCUGGUUCACCAAAACCAGAUCUAACUGUUAAAGUAGAUAUAUGUAACAAUGCCAAACGCAAGCAUUUAUCUGAUGUGGUUUCACCAUAGGCCAUGGAAGAAUACCCGUAACAGGUCACUUAAUCAAGUUGCUCUUCAGGAUGUUACUUUAUGCUUUGUUUGGUUCUGAAAAAAAGUCAAAGAAAAUAUUGAACUUUUGAGUCCUUUCAUAAGACUAUUUUCUUAAAUAAAGCAAAAAAUUAAUAAUGAAGAGAUAUUGAGUCAGCAAAAUGGCUCCUUUUUACGUCAAAAGCAUUAUAUCAUUAAUGCCAAUGUGAUUGUUAAGACAGAAAUCCCCAAAAGUCACUGUUGGACAAUGCAUUACUGUAAUUCACAGUAAUAGUGCAUUUGGGGAUAUAUACAUAUAUGUAUAUACAGUAUAUAUAAAACUGGUAGAGUGGACUGUGAACUGCUGAUACAUUUGAACGGAAGGAUGAAGCACCCCAAGUGGCUGGGGGCUGCUGCUGCUACUUUACCUAGCUUCCCGGGGGUCUAACACAACCAGCCACCACCACCGAUCCUCUGCCGGGAUAAGCACUGGCAAAACCAGGGGCUGCUAUUGAUGAGGCCCUGAACCUGCCAGAAUUUGGAACUGGGAGAAAUUGUCAGGGCAAGCACAAACUCUGCUCUGCAGCAGCCAAUCCUAGUUACAACCCUUAUAAAAGUGAGAUGUUUCUAAAAACAUAAAUAUAAAUUAUAGUGCAGUAUUUUUAUAGCAUUCUAUUUAACUUUUUUUUU